GUCGCAGGUUCAAAAGAAUAUGCCGUUGUUAUGUUCCUCUUCCUCGCAAACAUUCUCAGAUGCCAACUUUGUGUUGUGUUCUUAUGUACUCUUACUUCUAUUUUCUUCCUUUCUCACCCUCCUUCUCUUCUCUUUCCAUAGAUUAGAAGGAUAUUGCUUGUGGUGUUGCUUUCGUGAUUUUCUUGAACGUCUAAAGUGGACUUCAUCAUUGCAGGAAUUCUGAUUAACGUUACGGCACAACUAUAUAGUAAUAUAUAUAGAGAUUUUUUUUAUUCUUGAAUGAGAGAUUGGUAUGGGCUCUGAAAAGCAGUCUUCCGGUUUUCUCGAUACGAUCAAAAUGGAGAGGGUUAGAACAAUUCUAACCCACACUUACCCUUACCCUCAUGAGCAUUCCCGACAUGCUAUAAUUGCCGUUGUUGUUGGUUGCCUAUUUUUCAUCUCGUCCGACAACAUGCAUACUCUUAUAGAAAAAUUAGACAACAACAUUAAGUGGUGGUCUAUGUAUGGCUGCUUGUUUGGGUUCUUUUAUUUCUUUUCGUCGCCAUUUAUAGGGAAGACAAUCAAGCCUAGCUAUUCAAAUUUCAGUCGAUGGUACAUAGUCUGGAUUUUAGUGGCAGCAGUGUAUCAUCUUCCUAGUUUCCAGUCAAUGGGGGUGGAUAUGAGGAUGAAUUUAUCUUUGUUUCUGACAAUAUAUCUCUCUUCUAUAUUGUUUCUUCUUGUCUUCCACAUUAUAUUUUACGGCCUCUGGUAUAUUGGCCUUGUUUCACGGGUGGCUGGAAAGAGACCACAGAUCUUGACCAUUCUUCAAAACUGCGCUGUACUUAGUGUCGCGUGCUGUGUAUUUUACAGUCAUUGCGGCAAUCGUGCCUUUUUAAAACAGAGACCACUUGACCGUAAGAAUUCUAACUGGUUUAAUUUCUGGAAGAAAGAAGAAAGAAACACAUGGCUUGCAAAGUUUCUUCGGAUGAAUGAGUUAAAGGAUCAGGUUUGCUCAUCUUGGUUUGCUCCAGUUGGAUCUGCAAGUGAUUAUCCACUUUUGUCAAAGUGGGUUAUUUAUGGCGAGAUAUCUUCUUGCAAUGGUUCCUGUCCUGGUUCAUCAAAUGAAAUUUCUCCCAUCUACUCUCUGUGGGCCACAUUUAUUGGGCUUUACAUUGCAAAUUAUGUGGUUGAAAGGUCAACAGGAUGGGCUCUCACCCACCCACUAUCUGUUAAAGAAUAUGAGAAGAUGAAGAAGAAGCAGAUGAAACCUGAUUUUUUGGACAUGGUUCCUUGGUACUCUGGAACAUCAGCUGAUUUAUUCAAAACAGUUUUUGACCUCAUUGUAUCGGUAACUGUCUUUGUUGGGCGUUUUGACAUGCGUAUGAUGCAGGCAGCAAUGAGUAAGGUUGACGAUGACAAUCAUAAAGGUGAUAUUAUGUAUGAUCAUUUUAAUGAGAAGGAUGAUUUUUGGUUUGAUUUCAUGGCUGAUACUGGCGAUGGAGGGAACUCAUCUUAUGCUGUUGCACGGCUUCUUGCUCAGCCUCAGCUUCGUACAGUGAAAGAUGAUUCUGUGGUCAAAUUAAAGCGUGGAGACUUGCUAAUUAUUGGAGGUGAUCUCGCGUAUCCUAACCCAUCAGCAUUCACAUACGAAAGGCGCCUUUUUGUUCCUUUCGAGUAUGCUCUUCAACCUCCUCCUUGGUAUAAAGCAGAGCAAAUAGCUGUUAACAAGCCUGAGGUACCCGAUGGAGCUGAACUCAAGAACUAUAAGGGACCUCAGUGUUUCGUUAUUCCUGGAAACCAUGACUGGUUUGAUGGACUCCAGACCUUCAUGCGGUAUAUAUGUCAUAGAAGUUGGUUAGGGGGAUGGUUAAUGCCACAGAAAAAGAGUUACUUUGCUUUGGAACUCCCUAAACGGUGGUGGGUUUUUGGGCUUGAUCUAGCACUCCAUGGUGAUAUUGAUGUGUACCAAUUCAAAUUCUUUAGUCAAUUGAUCAACGAGAAGGUUCAAGAGGAUGAUUCUGUGAUCAUCAUAACCCAUGAACCUAACUGGCUUACUGACUGGUAUUGGAAUGAUGUAACUGGAAAGAAUAUUUCUCACCUGAUCUGUGAUUAUCUAAAAGGAAGAUGUAAGCUUCGAAUGGCCGGGGACUUGCAUCAUUACAUGCGUCAUACUCACACACAAGUAAAUUCAGAGGGGCCUAUCCAUGUACAUCAUCUACUUGUAAAUGGUUGUGGCGGAGCAUUUCUUCAUCCCACCCAUGUUUUCAGUAAAUUUCAAAAGCUUUAUGGAGUUAACUAUGAAUGCAAGUCUGCAUAUCCUUCCUUUGAAGAUUCAAGCAGGAUUGCAUUAGGAAACAUACUAAAAUUUCGUAAGAAGAACUGGCAAUUUGAUUUCAUUGGAGGCAUUAUAUAUUUUAUACUGGUCUUUUCAGUGUUUCCGCAAUGUAAGCUGAAUCAUAUCCUGCAAGAGGAUACAUUCCCGGGUCAUGUUAAGAACUUCUUGGCUACUGUGUGGAAUGAAUUUAUAUACAUCCUGGAACACUCUUAUGUGUCGCUGGCAGGAGCUAUAGCUUUACUGGUUGCAGCAUAUUCUUUUGUUCCAUCCAAGUUGUCGCGGAAGAAAAGAGCAAUGGUUGGAAUUCUUCAUGUUUCCGCUCACCUUGCUUCAGCACUGAUUCUUAUGUUACUUCUUGAAAUAGGCGUGGAAACAUGCAUCCGGCAUAACUUGCUGGCAACUUCAGGGUAUCAUACUUUAUAUCAGUGGUAUCGAUCGGUGGAAAGUGAACACUUUCCCGAUCCCACCGGCCUCAGAGCUCGUAUUGAACAAUGGACGUUUGGACUUUAUCCAGCAUGUAUCAAGUACUUAAUGUCCGCCUUUGAUGUGCCAGAGGUCAUGGCUGUUAGCCGUAGCAAUAUUUGUAAGAACGGGUUAGAGUCUCUUUCGCGAGGGGGUGCUGUAAUCUAUUACGCUUCUGUUUUCCUUUAUUUCUGGGUCUUCUCAACACCUGUUGUCUCUUUGGUGUUUGGAAGCUACUUGUACAUUUGCAUCAAUUGGCUUGGCUUGCACUUUGACGAAGCUUUCUCGUCUCUACGAAUAGCGAAUUACAAAUCAUUCACGCGAUUUCACAUCAGGGCUAAUGGCGAUCUUGAAGUUUAUACCCUGGCAGUUGAUAAGGUUCCUAAGGAUUGGAAGCUUGAUCCUGAUUGGGAUGGAGAGACAAAAAAUCCACAACAGUUGAGCCAUUUGAGAAAGCAUCCAAGCAAAUGGAGAGCAGCAACUUCCAACCAGGAUCCAGUACACACGGUCAAAAUUGUUGACCAUUUCAUUAUUGAAACAACACAAAACAAUAGUAAUAGUAAUACUCAGAAGAAUGACACUGUAUUACAAACAGAUGAUAGUGAUAGGACAGUUCAAUGAUCUGUUGAUCUUGUUCUCAUAAUUUGUAACAUAAAUUAAAAAAAUGUAGUAGUAGUAGGUAGUAGUAGUAGUAGUUGUAGUAGAUUUUGUAUCUGUUCUUUGUCUCUUUUCCUAUUCAUCUAUUCUGUAAAAAAAAGGUAGUAGUGUAAAUGUGCUAAUCAUGGUGUCAUGUAGGAUUAAAAAUGGUGGGUAAAAAUUAUAUGAAGCUACAAAAUUUUAUCAUCUUAA